GGCGCGGGUGCCGCAGUGGAUUCUGUUGCCGCUAGAGCUUGGCUUGUGUUCUGGGGGCGGGGCUCGGAGCUUCAGUCGACUUCAACCGCAGCGUUUACCGUGCCGGGUUUUCUCUCUGCAGCCUCGGGAGAGGACACGGACCCCUCCUCCCUCUGCCAGAGAAAUGUCUGCUGCAGCUCAGCCACCCACCCAAACUCCCACCGAAGGGUCAGAAGGGACUGCCCCAGGUGGGGGUCCCCCUGGCCCUCCCAAUACCACCAGUAACAGACGACUACAGCAAACCCAGGCACAAGUGGAGGAGGUGGUGGACAUGAUGCGUGUGAAUGUGGACAAGGUCCUGAAGAGGGACGAGAUACUGUCAGAGCUGGAUGACCGAGCUGAUGCCUUGCAGGUAGAAGCGUCACAGUUUGAGAGCAGUGCUGCGAAGCUAAAGAGAAAGUAUUGGUGGAAAAACUGCAAGAUGAUGAUCAUGCUGGGAGCUAUCUGUGCCAUCGUCGUGGUAGUUAUUGUAAUCUACUUUUUUACUUGAGAAUGUGCUGCUCCCACCCUGUUCUCCAUUGCCAUCCAAACUCAUGUCCUUCUCCCUCUGUGCUUUCUCAACAAAGUGCCCCAUGUACCUUCAUCCAGCCUGGCCCCGGCUUCUCCAUCACCCAUUCCUCCCUUUUCUGUUGCUUUCAUUUGCACUGUGUCCCUCAACACCAGAAGUGCUGCUUGUGGCGCAGUCCUGAAGUCACUACCUGGAGAGCGGCAGUGGCGCCUCCUCCUGCCUGCUUCUGAUGUACUCUCGUGUUCUCCCAAAACCAGAAAGAGCUAGAGGCCGAGGGGAGGAGAGGAAGGAGUGCAGCUGAGGUGGCAUGCCCAAGGAUACGCCAGGGUCAGGGGAGAAGGGUACUGGUACUCGUGGUGUCACCAGGAAAGGCCAGGCUACUGGCAGAAGGCUGGGAACAGCUGGGGAAAUGGUGCCCACUCAGGGCUGCCCUGGCCACACGGAGCUCUUCUCCUGUGCCAGGCCUGAAGAGGACCCCGGGGGAGCCCCAAAGUCCAACUUGGUCCUGGUGCAAUACCCUUUUAGAAAGUAAAACCUGUGUUUUGUGGUUGUUUCUAAUCUGUUUGGCCAAAAUUUUCUAUGUUUUCAGGGAUCUUAACAGUGUCCUGCUUUGUUCUUCAGAGAACACCUAUUAAUUCUGAAAAUACCGGAACUCUCAUUCCCAUUCUAGAAGCAGUCCCAUGAGCUCAUAACUGGAAAGAGUUGUCUCUUGUUCACAUUUUCUGCAACAUUCUAUAUUGUUCAUGAGGGCACCAAAUAAUUUUACAUUGCAAAAGUUCGGGACUCUCAGUUAGUUUGAUUAUUGGCAUAGAUAGAGAAUGCCUGGUACAGGAAAACUGAGUUGGGCCUGAUUGGAAAAUAACAAUCUUCGAAGAAGCUACUUCUCACCCUCUUGUUACAGAAGGUCCUGUUCCAUUCCUCCCUUCAGUUGCUAAAGGAGCAUGAGGUUGUUAGAAGUUAGGGGGUCUUAGAAGUGAACCUCUUGGCCUCCUUUCCUCCACACCCCUUCCAUGUACUUGCCAAAGGGGUGAGGCAAGAGGUCUUUCUGGAGGCCCGGCUGAUUCUGAGCAUUUAGACAAGUCUGGAGACAGGUGUUUUCCUAUAUUGCUCUGCUGUCACGGGGUCUCUCAUUUAGAGCCAGCUCUGUUCUUCCUGCAGUAGGUUCCCCUUCCAAACCACCCAUGCCCUCCGGAAUUCCACUUUACCUCUUUGCCCUUCUUUCCCUUUGUGUGGUUUGUGGAUGCCCCAUGGUAACUGCUGAGCCUGUCUUGGUAGAUACUGCUGGGCUUCAGGAUAGACGGUUGAAUGGGAUAGACUCAGGUGUGAGGGGAGGAGGGCAGGCUGGGAACGGAAGGUGGAACCCCCAUGACCCUUUGGUCCCUCCAUCCUCCGAUCCACAAGCAGGAAGAGGCUGAAGCCAGGCUGGGCUGGAUCUAGAUGCUCUCUUUCCAUGCAGCAGCAUUUCAUUGUGCAAAACCAUCCUCCCUCUCCCUUCGCUCCUGUUUCUCACGUUCCCUUCGUCCUGCCCCGAGGCGGGAUUGAAAAGCUGGAAGAAAGCAGUCAGUGUACCCUCCCAACGGCCUCCUCGAAGGUCUCCACUCUCCUCUGGGCUCCUCCUUGCCUAAUGCAGGGGGUCACCGCUGGAAAGAACCACCACUGUCCUCGAUGUGUCCCAAGCUUGAAGCAAAUUCGCCUCCUUGGCCCAUCUAGCCCUGUCACAGGAAUUAUUUCCUGGGUUUCUGUCCCUCUGGGGCUCACCAGGUGUAGUUGGCUCUGUUCUUUUGGGGGGUGUUAGCCCUUCUACUUCCUUUCUCACCCCAACCCCUACCCUCUUCCGUCUUUGUUAUCCGCCUUCCUCCCACCACCCAUGUGCAUGAGCAAAUGUGCAACUAAACCCCGGGACUUGCAGUCAAAUGAAGCCAAGUGUCCCACAUCUCCUCCUUGGGUUUGUUUGCCAUGAGAUGAUGUGGGGUUUCCACUGUGUGUCUGUCACCACCUCUCUGUUUUCCUAACCCCAAUCUCAACGUGUGUAGAAUAGUAUCACUUGUACUUCCACCAAAGGCAUGUGGCAGAUUUACCAAUUUCAUGUAUUCUGAACAAAGGCAAAAAAUACAGAUUCCUACCACUACACUGA